GACGCGUUUGUGAUGCGCCGCCCAGGAACACAGACAGGAACAAGCUCGAGUAGAUAUUUGUUCAGGAAUGGGUGACAUGAAGACUCCAGAUUUUGAUGACCUUUUGGCAGCAUUUGAUAUUCCAGAUAUUGAUGCUAAAGAAGCGAUUCAGUCUGAGUCAGGGGAUCCUGAUGCGAAUCACAACGAAUCCGGUAGCAGUGGAACCAAAGAGAGAAGUGGUGGUUCGUCUCAAAGGCCUAUCGAACCGUCAGAAAUCCGUGAAUCUUCUCAUGACCCCACUGUAGUUAGCGUUAUAGUAAAGAACAGCAUAUGUGCUGAUGUAUAUGAAAACAGGAGAGACGAGGAAGAAAAUGCAGCGAGGCAAGUAACCGAUGUUCUGGAUGAGGCGGACAGAAGUAGAGCAGGGGGUCAGCUUUCUCCUCAGGUUGCACACAGCUUGAUGCCGUUGAUUCACAAUGGAUUCAAGACUGUUUCAGGAGGAGUCGUUGAACACUCGCUGCUCACCAGUCAAUCACAAAUGCAACCGAAAGGCCAUCUGUGGUCCCCUUGUUCUCCUAAAAUAGCCAGGGAAGGUGAUGAGAGCAAUCAGGGUGAUGGACCUGCCAACCCGUCUGCCAACGUUUCACCUCACAUGCCUUUACCUGCAUCUGCUUCUUCCAUCUCUUGCACAAAUUUUAUUGGCCUGCCACCUUCCAAGGUUGAGAAAGAUGAAGUAGAGCAUCUUGCAUCUGCUUUCACUCCUCAAACUCAGCCUGUAAACAGCAGCCCAAGGAGAGUGAUUAAUAAAGUGUUAUCUGAAGACGACGAAUCGGAACCAGACCUUGGAAGCUCUCCGCUAAUGAUUCAAGAAAGUCCAGAUGUACCGAUGUCUUCACCUCUCAGGCUUUCAGCCAGACACGGGUCACCUGGUGAGCUUCAGCCUCCUCUGCUUUUCUCUCCAUCUUUGCCUACAAGUAAUACUCAAGCCAAAGAGGCCAGUUCUGUUUCUCCACACGCAACUCCCACUUUAUCCCAUCAGAUGCCCCCACAGAGCGACUUUCUUGAAAAGGUGCACCCAUCCAUACCAGAGUUAUACCCAGAGCACAUUAUUGAAGAAAGAGACUCUCCAGAGAGCCCUGAGCCAGAAAUGCUACCACAUCCACAGCGGAAAAGCUCACCAUCAACCCCUGCACAGGAGCUGGAAGAGAAAGAAACUUCACAGGACAAAACCUUUGAUGUUCCUGAAAAGGACGAGCCUAUGGAGAAUGCAAGAAAUGAACAGGAGCAGAGUAAAUGUGUUGGUGAAAAAGUCGAGAAAGAAAACAUGCUAGAGCAAGAAGAAGAGGAACCGAAAGUUGUAGUAUCCUCACCAUCUGUCAAAAAGAAACCAGACUCCUCUGCAACACCUUCCAGACCUCUUAAAGUUCGAAUCAAGACAGUUAAAACCCCCACCGGCAACAUCACACGCACUGUUACAAGAAUUGCUGCCAAAGCAGCUGCAGGAGGCGUCUCCAAGGGUCCUGAGGGGACUAAAAUUCCAAUAGGAGGUCGGAAAGGUGUCAGCCGGCCUAAGAGAUCUGCAGCAGCGGUGUCCAGCCAGCCUCAGGACUCAAAGACUACAAUGUUUCCAGUGUCAACUUUACAGGAUGCCAGUUCAGCCAUGCUAUUUGCAGCUAGCAAGGCACAGAAAGUGGCCUAUAAUGUCACAAAGACUUCAACUUCAUCAUCUGUUUCCUCUUCAUCUCCUUCCUCUUCUGCCAUCAAUAUUUGCUUGAUGGGGCAAAAAACACUUGCUGUGCCUUCCACCAAGCCAGCAUCCAUUGUAAACAAUCCUGGAGCUGUGAUCUCCCGUAGCCAGUCGAGUCUGGUAGAAGCCUUUAACAAGAUUCUCAACAGUAAGAAUCCGCUGCCCAGCUACCAGCCGGAUCUUUCCAUUCUGCCUCGCCCCGAGUGGGGCCUUGGCAUCCCUGCUUCCGGAUACCGUUGCCUGGAGUGUGGGGAUGCGUUUGCUUUGGAGCGCAGCCUGGCACGCCACUACGAUCGGCGCUCCUUGCGCAUCGAGGUGACCUGCAACCUCUGCACGAAACGGCUGGCCUUCUUUAACAAGUGCAGCCUGCUGUUGCAUGCUCGUGAGCACAAGGAGAAAGGACUGGUCAUGCAGUGCUCACACCUUGUCAUGAGACCUGUCAGUGUGGAACAGAUGAUUGGCCAACAGGAUACUAUACCCAUAGGUAUGCUUUCUCCAUCUCUGCUGGCCUCCCCUUCCUUGCCUGGGUCCCUUGAUAAUUGGUGCCCAGAGUGUAAAAAUUCAUUUGGCUCAAAAGAAAAACUAGCCACACACUUCCAGGAAUCGGAUCCGGGGGGCAUAGACACAUGCUGCAUGCAGUGCUCUCCUCCAAUGCCUCUGUGGAAUCCCUGCAGCGCUGCUGCCCACCAGCGACUCCACCAGAAGCUCCACCCUCUCGUCUGCCCUGAGUGUGGAUUCAUCUGCCAGCUAAAUGGUCUUAACACGCAUGUGCGUCGAGCCUGCCUACAUUACACACGCCAGCUUGGAUACAGGUGUCCCUGCUGUCAGCUGGUGUUCGGAGGUGUGAAUAGUCUGAACGCGGUCAAAAAUCACAUGCACACAGCACAUUCUGAAGUCUUCCAUAAAUGCCCCUCUUGCCCAAUGGCCUUUAAAUCUGCUUCCAGUGCUGACACUCACUGUAGCACGCAGCACCCUCAGCUCACAGAGAAAACCAAGCAAUCCAAGGAGAUCUAUAAAUGUGUGAUGUGCCGGACAGUUUUCACUCAAAAAGCCUUGCUGAACGUCCAUUUCGACAGUCAUCUAGUGACGCAGAAGGUUAAUGUGUUUAAAUGUCCAGAUUGCCACAAGCUGUUUACACAGAGGACGUCACUCCUGGAGCAUGUGAAGGCUUCACACAGGAAGUCAGCGGCUCAUCUGACUCAGAAGAGCUCGGGGAAGAUGGAGAGCUCAGAUGGGGAGGAAUGGAGAAAAGAAGAAGAUGAGGAUGGUGAGGGAUGUCCAAGAAAGAAGAAGAAGAGCUCUGCUGCUCCCAGUGCUCAGAACUGGAGCUGCACAGAGUGUCAGAUAAGCUACACAGACAAAGAGAGCUACAUCACCCACAUGGCUAAACAGCACAGAAAGGAGCUAAAGCGGUUCCCAUGCACACUGUGUGAAGGCUCCUUCUCUUCCUCCUCAAGUUUGAGACGCCACAUCCGAGUUAAACACAAAGGCAUCAAGAGGUCUUUCUCCUGCCAGUUAUGUACUGGGAGCAAAAAGAGUUUCAGCAGUAAGCUGGUCCUAGAAAAACACAUGCAGAUUCAUCAUGGAGGACAACGAGCAGCAAACAGUCAAAGACCGGUGAGUUCGCGCUCCACUGACGCUGCUGACAGCUCCUCCGAACAAGAUCUGAGCACCAUCACCACUGCGACUGCUGAAGAAAACAACAACACGGAUCAUUUCAGCUCGGCCCGGUACAACAGAGGAGGAUCUGUUCUGGAGCAGGACGCAGAGGCUUUCCGUUGCAUGCCAUGCGGCUUCGUUUGUGAAGACAAGGAGGAGUUUCUACACCAUAUCCAGAGUCACCGUGGAGAAGGAGGAAAGGGUGUGCAGUGUCAGCAGUGUGGGGCUUGCUUUGCGUCGGGAUCCUCUCUUGCCCGCCAUCGCUUUAUCAGUCAUCGAGUGCGUGAUGGAGACGGAGAUGAGCAACACGAGAAUACAAGUCAUGAUGCUUCGGAAGGGGCGGAGUCUCCGGGGUCACCGGCGGAGGAAGGGGACGGCAAGCUUAGCUGCAAAGUGUGUGGACGUCACUUCAGCAAAGCUGCCGAUCUUAACACACAUUUCCGCACUCACGGCAUGGCUUUUAUCAACGCUCAUAAAGCCGAGAAGCCGGCUUGAGAAAGAGGGAGUAUCACAUAAAGCCGAAUAAUAACGUUGAAUGAAGCACCGGUUGAAUGAAUGAAUGAAGUCCUGCUGUGCGUUGUUUAAACUGUGCACUCAUCUUAUGUGCCUUAAUCAAUCUGCAUCUACAUUCACCGUAAAUAUGUGAGGACAGAGAUCUGUCUAUGGGAGAAGAGCAAGCCAUUAUGAAGCUGGGAAAAGAGGGACAGUAUAGGGGAAAAAAGAUGCCAUUCAAUUCCAAUACUUUCAGAGCUGGGUGUGUGAGUGAGUGUGUGAGUGAGUGAGUGUGUGAGAGUGAGUGUGUGAGUGAGUGUGUGAGUGAGUGUGUGAGUGAGUGUGUGAGUGAGUGUGUGAGUGAGUGUGUGAGAGUGAGUGUGUGAGAGUGAGUGUGUGAGAGUGAGAGUGUGCGUGAGAGUGUGUGUGUGUGAGAGUGAGUGUGAGAGUGAGUGUGAGUGAGAGUGUGUGUGAGAGUGUGUGUGUGUGAGAGUGUGUGUGUGUGUGAGAGUGUGUGUGUGUGAGAGUGUGUGUGUGUGUGAGUGUGUGUGUGUGAGAGUGUGUGUGUGUGAGAGUGUGUGUGUGUGAGUGUGUGUGUGUGUGAGAGUGUGUGUGUGUGAGAGUGUGUGUGUGUGAGAGUGUGUGUGUUAGAGUGUGUGUGUGUUAGCGAGUGUGUGUGUGUUAGAGACAGUGUGUGUGUGAGUGAGCGAGUGUGUGUGUGAGUGAGCGAGUGUGUGUGAGAGUGAGCGAGUGUGUGUGUGUGUGAGAGAGUGAGUGUGUGUGUUUUGCCAUACCUUGGUUGAUCUACAUAAUUUGUCCUGGCUUUUUGGUUAGUAGCUCGUAGGUUUUUAUGAUGCAGUUUAUUUAUGAGAGGUGAGCGCUCUGACAAACUCUUACAGAUAUACUGCGUCUUCCAGGAACCCUGGAAAUAUAUUAAGGUCAUGUGACACUUUACAGGCACACAGGAACAGCUAGACUUCAUUCAUCUAAUUAUGUGAUGUCAAGUGGUGUAGAUGAAAUACAAUCACUUCACUAUUAUGGGCUUUUAUGUGUAAAUCCGUUACAUGUAUUUCUUUAGUAAGUCCAUUUCAGGUUGUAACACUAUAAAAUGUAGAAAAGUUCAACAAGGCUGAAUACCUAUGCAAGGUUUCCAACAGCACUCUGAGAGAAUUCUUUAUUCAGCACUUGAUUUGUCUGAGUAUUUGGAGUCGAUCUUUCUGAAUGUUAGAUUUGAGGGUUUCGGGCUACACGGCAAAUCAGAGGCUUACCUCAAAUUGUACAGUUUCAGCUUCAGGCUCAGUUUCUGUCAGGUUUAUCAUUGAACUAAACUUGACAUUCAGUUCUUUUUAAGUUUAGCCCUGUGCACUCACCUGAGCCGUAGCUGUUCAUAAUUCCAGAUGCCUUGUUCCCUAUAAAUAUGCAUUGUGUAUUUUAAUGUUAUUACAAUGAAAAUGUAUGACGUGAGUUUAAGUCACAAGAGCAUUUAAAAUCGUUGCAUUUUUCUCGACAGUUGUAAUAGGCUUUACUAACACGCAUUAAAUAAUUUUAUAUUGAAGCCAUAGAAUAAUUACUCUGGGAUCCAAUGCUGUGUGAACCAAGAAGAGAGUGUGUGUGUGUGUGUGUGUGUGUGAAAGAGAGAGUGUGUGUGUGUGAGUGUGAGAGAGUGUGAGUGUGAGAGAGUGUGAGUGUGAGAGAGUGUGAGUGUGAGAGAGUGUGAGUGUGAGAGAGUGUGAGUGUGAGAGAGUGUGAGUGUGAGAGAGUGUGAGUGUGAGAGAGUGUGAGUGUGAGAGAGUGUGAGUGUGUGUGAGAGAGUGUGAGUGUGUGUGAGAGAGAGUGAGUGUGUGUGAGAGAGAGUGAGUGUGUGAGAGAGAGUGAGUGUGUGAGAGAGAGUGAGUGUGUGUGAGAGAGAGUGAGUGUGUGUGAGAGAGAGUGAGUGUGUGUGAGAGAGUGAGUGUGUGUGAGAGAGAGUGAGUGUGUGUGAGAGAGAGUGAGUGUGUGUGAGAGAGAGUGAGUGUGUGUGAGAGAGAGUGAGUGUGAGAGAGAGUGAGUGUGUGUGAGAGAGAGUGAGUGUGUGUGAGAGAGAGUGAGUGUGUGUGAGAGAGAGUGAGUGUGUGUGAGAGAGAGUGAGUGUGUGUGAGAGAGAGUGAGUGUGUGUGAGAGAGAGUGAGUGUGUGUGUGAGAGAGAGUGAGUGUGUGUGAGAGAGAGUGAGUGUGUGUGAGAGAGUGAGUGUGUGUGAGAGAGAGUGAGUGUGAGAGAGAGUGAGUGUGUGAGAGAGAGUGAGUGUGUGAGAGAGAGUGAGUGUGUGUGAGAGAGAGUGAGUGAGUGUGUGUGAGAGAGAGUGAGUGUGUGUGAGAGUGAGUGAGUGUGAGAGAGAGUGAGUGAGUGUGAGAGAGAGUGAGUGUGAGAGUGUGUGUGUGAGAGUGUGUGUGAGAGAGUGUGUGUGUGAGAGUGUGUGUGUGAGAGAGUGUGUGUGUGAGAGUGUGUGUGUGAGAGAGUGUGUGUGUGAGAGAGUGUGUGUGUGAGAGUGUGUGUGUGAGAGAGUGUGUGUGUGAGAGAGUGUGUGUGUGAGAGAGUGUGUGUGUGAGAG